UUUGGCAUAAGGAACCGUCGUGAUCAGAUAUUAUAUAAAGACUUCGCCAUCGCUUUAUCGCGUCUCUCUGCAGCAAGAAAAUGCUUUGCAAAGCAGCGGUUUGUGUGCUUGCGGCCGUCUUGUUAUCUUCAGGCCUUAUUUCUGGAGGAAUCGCUGAAAAAAGUGAAAAUGAAAAGCAAAAAUCUGAAGCACCGAAAAAGGCGAUUGAAAUUGUUCCUGUCACGGAGCCUGUAAUUUUUGGCGAGGGACCCCACUGGUCACCAAUUCACAAUUGCCUAUAUUUUAUUGAUAUUGACGCUGGCAUUGUCCUCAAAUACAACGCGACUGAUGAAGCUUUUUCCCGAAUCUUCAUCACGCCUGGAAACAAUCCUGUAACUUUUAUCAUCCCAACUAUUGAGAAUGAAAAUGAAUUUGCUAUCAGCCGCGGACGAGAAGUUUUGUUGAUCCGCAUAGACAACCUGAACGUGGCCACAAUAAUUCGUUCAGUAGCAACGGUAGAGUUAAACUUGCCUGACAAUCGUUUCAACGAAGCCAGAGCGGACGCCACAGGACGAUUGUGGGCUGGUACUGUUGGCCCUGAAGGACCUAAUGGAGAAAUACCAGCGGGUGGUGAUGGUUCCCUUUACAGGCUCAACGAAAAUUCGACGUUCACUCAAGUGGAAAGUAAUAUCGAUGUUAGCAACGGCAUUGCUUGGAGUUUGAACAAUUCUCUGAUGUAUUACAUUGAUACUGGAACCUUUGGAGUUGACGUUUUUGACUACAAUAUUGAAACUGGCAUAGCUGACAACAAGAGGAAGUUUUUCGAUUUUAUUGCCAAUAAUGUUUCGGGAGUUCCUGAUUCAAUGAGCAUUGACUCUGAAGGCAACUUAUGGGUCACAUGUUAUGCUGGUUCUCAGGUGAUCCAAAUAAGCCCUGAUGGAGAACUGCUUCAAUCCAUUCAGUUACCCGUGGCGCUUGUGACUUCUGCUGUUUGGGGAGGACCAAAUUUUGACGUUUUGUAUGUCACCACAUCUAGGCACAGGCUCACCGACGAAGAAUUAGCCCAGCAGCCUUUGGCUGGUUGUGUGUUUAAAGUGACUGGCCUGGGGGUCACUGGACUUGCAGCUCAGAAUGUAAAAUUGCCACCCAUAUUCAACUAUAAUAAAAUACAAAAAACAGACGCACAUUUAAAGGCGAUUGAAAUUGUUCCUGUCACGGAGCCUGUAAUUUUUGGCGAGGGACCCCACUGGUCACCAAUUCACAAUUGCCUUUAUUUUAUUGAUAUCGACGCUGGCAUCGUCCUCAAAUACAACGCAUCCGAUGAAGUUUUUUCCCGGAUCUUCAUCCCGCCUGGAGACAAUCCUGUUACUUUUAUCAUACCCACUGUUGAUAAUGAGAAUGAAUUUGCUAUCAGCCGCCGGCGAGAAGUUUUGUUGGUUGGCAUAGAUGACCUGAAUGUGGCCACAAUUAUACGCUCAAUAGCUUCAGUAGAGAACAACUUGCCUGAAAAUCGUUUCAAUGAAGCCAGAGCUGACGCCAGGGGACGAUUGUGGGCAGGUACUGUGGGGCCUGAAGGACCAACAGGUGAAAUUCCACCGGGCCAGGGUUCCCUUUACAGGCUUAACGAAAACUCAACUUUCUCCCAAGUGGACAGUAAUAUAGACGUUAGUAAUGGUAUAUCUUGGAGUCUGGAUAACACUUUGAUGUAUUACAUUGAUACUGGAACAUUGGGCGUUGAUGUCUUUGAUUAUGAUAUCUCAACUGGAGAUGCUAGCAACAGGAGGACCUUUUUUGAUUUUACAGCUAACAAUGUUACCGGAAUUCCCGAUUCAAUGAGCAUUGACUCGGAGGGAAACUUGUGGGUCGCAAGUUAUUUUGGUUCACAGGUGAUUCAAAUUAACCCUGAAGGGCAACUCCUACAAUCAAUUCAGUUUCCUGUGACACUUGUGACUUCUGCUGUUUGGGGAGGACCAAAUUUUGACGUAUUGUAUGUCACUACAUCUAGGCACAGGCUCACUGAUGAAGAAUUGACUCAACAGCCUUUAGCUGGUUGCGUUUUUAAAGUAACUGGCCUUGGGGUCAUCGGACUUCCAGCUCAGAAUGUUAAAUUGCCACCCAUACAACCGUAAAUUAUUAUUCCCAAAAUUAUUAAAUGAUUGAAACAAAUUUCUUUACUAUAGAUAUAACUUGUAUUUAUUUUUUAUGUUUAAAAAAGAGAUAAUGUAAUUGAAAAGGAAAAUAUUUAAUUCGAAAUUUCGAGAAGAAAUGAAUAUUAUUUUACA